GGCCCAGUUUGUUACCAUCAUUAGUAACACAAUUUUAAUAAUUAUAUUGUAAAUACCUAUAAAAGGCUAAAAUAUAAAUUUAGCUUUGUAAUUUGCGAAAAUUUAUAUUUUUUUAUUGUACAAAAUACGAAUUGAGCAAGUUUACAGCAGUUAUUUUAAUUUGGAACGUGAUUUGUACGUGCGGGUUUUUAUAAAAAUAAAGCAAUAAAGCAAAUUUUAUACGCAAAUCGGCUACAAACAAUAUAUGUUGUUAGAUUUUCAUACUUUUACGGAAUUAUGGCACUAAAUUUCAAAAAAGUAGUCUUGAUCGUUGGUUUGUCUAUUAUUGUUGUCACUGUUGUUAGUAGUGUUCUAUAUGUGUUUGCUGUACGAUGGGAACGACAAACCAACGAUAGACGUAUUGAACCAGAACGACUUUCAAAUCCUACACUAAAAUAUGUCGCUGUACUAUUUCGUCACGGAAAUAGAGCGCCAAUGUUCAAAUACAAUACAGAUCCACACAAAAAUGCUUUUCCUGAAGGAAAAUAUGAAUUAACUAAAAAAGGAAAGCAAAAUAUGUACAAAAAAGGACAAAUAUUUCGACGCUUAUACAAUGGUUUCUUAAGUGACUUAUACUUGGACAGUGAGAUUUUAAUCAAAACUACUAACAAAAGUAGAACGUUCAUGACAGCAGCAAUGGUUUUAGCUGGAAUGUAUCCGCCAAAAGAUUAUCAAAAAUGGUCAGACUCAGAAACUGUUUGGCAGCCUAUUCCUAUUUACUACAAUUCGCCAGACCACGGAACAUUGUUCGAUGAGAGGGGAAAAUGUCCAGCUUUUGAUUCUAUGGCCAACAAGUUAUAUAUUCAAUUAAACAACCAUAGUACCGACACAAAUAUAACAACAUUAAUGUCGUAUUUGUCUGAAAACUGCGGACAACCGAUAAACUUUAAGAAUUUAAUAAAGCUAUACGACCUAUUUAUAUGUCAGGCAUCUGAGGGUUUACCAUUACCUGAAUGGAUUAAGCCUUACCACAUUGAAGAAAUAAAGUCAAUUAUUAUGAAUAAAAAAACAACAGAAUUGUAUUAUGAAAAUCGUAGAUUUCAGAAAAUCAUUAUAGGACCUCUGCUAAAUGAAAUCGGUUUAAAUAUGGAAUCGCAUUUAAAUAACAAUGAUACAAGAAAAAUGCAUCUUUAUUCGGGACACGAUCAUAGUGUAGCAAUGGCAAUGAGCUUUCUAGGCAAUACUAUUGAAUUGCCCAAUUUUGGUGCUUCGUUACAUUUUCAUUUGUAUCACAGCGAAAUGGAUAAUGAACACACUAUCAAAGUGUACUUUUACGAUCGUUGGGACAAUGAAAACGGAAAAGAAGUCUUAAUACCUAUUUGCGGUGAUCCAUGCAAAUUUAAGGACUUUAAAAAUAUUUUAGACAAUAAUUUAUCUGGAGAAUGGGCGGAAGAUUGCCAACAAUUAGAAAGCUAAUUUUUUAUUUUAUUUUUAUUAUUAUUAUUUACCACAUCUAUUCUUUGCGAUUUGAAACAAUUGUUUUAAAUUAUCCAUGAUUAUUUUAGACAUUUUAUUAAAAAAAAAAAAUUAAUUUUAAUACUUUACUAUUUUAUAUUACUUACUAUCUGCAUUCUAGAUAGUUAGGAAUUGGUUUAACAAUUAAUUUUUAUGUUAUUUAAAAAAUUUUAAAAAUAAACCUAUAAAUUUACUAUGACAUUUAAUGUUUUAGUAAUUAUAGAUGCGUGCACUAUAUAUAAAAUAUUAAAAUAAUUUUGAUUAUGUA